CUUGAUGUUAGACACAUCAGUUUGUUACCAAACUGUCGUGAAUUAAACACGCAUUUUCGUCGUUAGAGCAACUUCAAAAAGAAUUUCUUUUUUUAAACCAUAACGUAAACAAUGGUUAAUAAAUCCAACGCCGCAAGAGGCCUGCUGCGUCACAUCGUUAUUCUUCUGCUAUUUAGCCUUACCGUAGCAAUGAAGGUUUCAAUCGAGACGACUUGGGAUAACCAACCUAUUGAUCACCAACCGGCAACCAUUGAAUUGCAAUCGCUGCAUGAUAACGAUAUUCAAAUGGAUGUGGAAGGAACAUUUUUCAACGAUCCUCCAAAUCCAGGCGGUGUCCCCGGCGAGCCUUUCAUGGGUCUUUGGAACUUUGAAGUCAUAGAAUUGUUUUUGGCAAAUGACGCGAACCAGUACGUCGAAGUCGAACUUGGACCGUGGGGCCAGCAUAUAGUUUUGCUGCUAAAUGGCGUUCACAAGACUAUCCGACACAGUUUACCCUUGCAAUAUAAAGUGCUACAACGCACGGAAUCCGGUCGUUGGCAAGGUCAAGCCAUCAUUCCUGCCUCGUAUCUACCACCAAAUGUGACGAAAAUGAAUGCUUAUGCCAUACAUGGAAGUGGAGCCAAGCGAACCUACGAAGCUCUUUACCCUGUUCCUCAAGGGCAAUUUGAAAAUCCAGACUUCCAUCGUCUGGACUUUUUCCGCCCGGUUAACGUUUCCGAAUUUCUUGCAAAGCCUAUCACUUCGUUUUCACCUAUUUGGAUGGAAUCCAUGGAAUCAGCUAACAACUGAACUUCCAUCAACUGCCAUUACACGAUGCCAGAC